UAGCCUACGGGAGCACAUUGAGCACAGGCUGCUCCCCCUUCCACACUCACUGCACCAAAAGCCGCAAGAAGAGGAUUUCCCGCCGCAGGAGCAGGAUUUCCUCCUCGGUAUCACUGGAAGAUCUUCUAACUCUGCUCUUGAAGCUGCAGCAUGGCACAAGCGGCCUUGGGUGGACACCUUGUGACCAGGAUGAGUCUUCUCUGGGCUCUGCUGACUCUAUUCAACCACGUGUGGACUUUCAACCUGGAUACUACUCACACGCUGCACAAGCUGGGAGACCGUGGCACCUUCUUUGGCUUCUCUCUCGCUCUACACCAGCAGCUCACCCCAGAGCCCCAGAGCUGGAUCUUGGUGGGGGCACCACAGGCUGCAGGCCAGGGUGUGUUACGUGGAAGUCGGCCAGGAGCCCUGUUCAAGUGCCCUAUUACACCUGAAGAGUAUGACUGUGAGAGGGUAGAUAUUGACGGGGAAGUGAGUCUAAAUAGAGAGAGCAAAGACAACCAAUGGUUAGGAGUGACUGUCAAGAGCCAGGGCAUUGGCGGGAAGGUGGUGACAUGCGCUCACCUGUACGAGCUCAGGCAGCGUGUACACCAACCCUCUGAGACGCGCGAUCCCAUUGGACGCUGCUAUGUUUUGAGUGAGGAUCUGACAGAGCGAGAUGACCUGGAUGGAGGCGAGUGGAAGUUCUGCGAGGGUCGGCCGCAGGGUCACGAGCAGUUUGGCUUCUGCCAGCAGGGUCUUUCUGUCAGUUUCACCCCAGACAACAACUACAUAUUGUUUGGGGCCCCUGGGACAUACAACUGGAAAGGUGAAAUGCGUGUGCAGCUAAUAAACCAGAUGCUGCCCGACCUCGGUUUCUAUGACGAUGGACCCUACGAGGUGGCGGAUCAGGAACAGCUUAAUGCCCGGCUCAUUCCUGUGCCCUACCACAGUUACCUGGGGCUCUUGUUCAUGGCUAGCCCAGUUGAAGACGCACUGCUGUACAAAACUCUGGAACCCUCCAGGAAGCCCACAGCCUUUGAGGAUGUAGCCCAUAAUAGCUACUUAGGCUUCUCUGUCGACUCGGCGAUGGGAAUAAUGAGCCUCGGGGAGCUGACCUUUGUGGCGGGUGCACCGAGGGCUAAUCAUACAGGGGCCGUAGUGCUUCUACGCAAGGACAAGGUUUACCGGCUGGUGCCUCAGCACAUUUUCUGGGGAGAGGAGCUAGCAUCUUCCUUUGGGUACUCAGUUGCUACCACCGAUCUCAACAACGAUGGCUGGACCGACCUGAUCGUGGGAGCACCCAAUUUCUUCGACCGUAAAGCAGAGAUUGGCGGUGCAGUUUAUAUCUACCUGAACCCCUUCGGUCACUGGGACGAUCAAGCUCGGCCCAUCCGUCUCAAUGGGACAUAUGACUCCAUGUUUGGCAUGACAGUGGAGAAUAUUGGUGACCUGGACCAGGACGGGUAUGGAGACAUUGCUGUCGGAGCUCCCUUCGACGGGGAUGGCAAGGUAUUCAUCUACAGAGGUUCAGAUGCAGGGAUUGAAACAAAACCUGCUCAGGUGCUGGAUGGUCGAGACUUUGGCGUGAGGCGCUUUGGAUACUCCAUCUCAGGAGGCGUGGACGUUGAUGAGAAUCACUAUCCAGACAUUGCUGUGGGCUCGCUCAACAAUUCAGUGGUGCUCUUCAGGUCUCGCCCAGUCAUCCACGUGAAUCGGGAAAUAUCCCGAAUUGACCCACAUUACAUCGAUUUGGCUCAGCAGAACUGCAAGGGCCGAGAUGGGGUUUGCGUCGAGGUCAAGGCCUGCUUCGUCUAUACGGCACACCCGGUGCAUUACUCACCACAUAUAACCCUGGUGGUACGCUUUGAAGCCGACUCGGAACGCAGGAAGCUGGGCCUGCCGCACCGUGUCAACUUUUUGGGCCGCAGCUCUUUGGAGCCGGAGUACAUGCAGACCGAGGAGGUGGAGCUGCAUCGCCAGAAGCACCCGGGAUGCACCACUGUUACUUUCCAGCUCAAUGAAAACAUCCGGGACAAACUGCGGCCCAUCUCAUUCUCCAUCACCCACACCAUCAAACCUGUGACCCCGCACAGACACUCUGGAGCCAAGAGGUUGGAAAAACUGCCUCCUAUUCUCAACGUGUCACCCUCCAACACACUGCAUUCAGAGGUGAACUUCCUGCGCGAGGGAUGUGGUGCAGACAAAAUCUGCCAGAGCAACCUGAAGAUGAGCUACCGCUUCGGAACGCGACCUCUCACUUCUGACCUCUUCACCCCCCUACCAAAGGAUGAGGAUGACGUGCAGGUGUUCUCCUUGUCUGACCAACGCGUGGUGGUGUUGGAGAUUACCGUCACCAACAUGCCCUCUGACCCACUGCGGCCAGAGGAGGACGGCGACGACGCCCACGCCGCUCAGUUGAUCGUCUCCCUUCCAAAAACGCUUUCUUACGCUGGUUCCAGGGUGCCUGCUCAGAUGAGAUGUCAAGCCAACCAAAAUGGCUCAGAGGUUGAAUGUGACCUGGGGAAUCCUGUGAAAAGAAACACCAAGUUAAAAUUCACCAUCAACUUGAGCACUGCCAACAUCACCAUUGAAACCACUGAGUUGACAGCAGUCCUCCAAAUGACAACGAUCAGUGAGCAGCCGGACUUGGCACCAAUCACAGCGAUGGCUAAAGUUGUGAUAGAGCUCCCUCUGUCUGUCAGCGGGCUGGCUCGUCCUCACCAGCUAUUCUUCAGUGGUGCUGUUAAGGGCGAGAGUGCCAUGAGCAGUCUGGAGGACGUCGGCAGCCCAGUAGACUUUGAGUUUUUGGUGGCCAACCCUGGGCAAGCGCUGCAAACACUUGGCUCUGCCUUCCUCAACAUCAUGUGGCCCUACGAGCUGGCCAAUGGCAAGUGGCUCUUGUAUCCAGCAAGCCUGAACUUUGAUGGACAUUUGGUAUCGCAUUGUACUCCAGUGGAGGCUAUCAACCCUUUGGGUCUGCAUAGUCCCUCACCGACACUCGCUACCAAUCAGACGGCUGGAAGAGCACGACGCUCCCACCCGGAUCUCGAAGGUCAAGAGACGACCAGCGGUAGCGUGAGACGAACCACUCCAGCUGUUGCUGCUUCUGAGAGGCGCAAGUCACUCAAGCUGAAUUGCCUCCUGGGGUCCGCACGCUGCGUGCUCUUGCAGUGCCCCCUCCACACCUUCUCCGGACAGGCGGUGCUCAGGAUCCACGGCAGACUGUGGAACAGCACUUUCAUCGAGGAGUUUCCGACAGUCAGUGCUCUGGAGCUGCUAGUCAGAGCGGAAAUCACCGUUAAGUCCACCAUCAAACACCUGCUUCUGAGGGAUGCUGCAGCACAGGUUUCAGUGAUGAUCUAUCCCGAGCCCGGUCUAGUGGAUCAGUACUCAAUCCCUUGGUGGAUCAUUCUCAUUGCUAUCCUAGCAGGCAUCCUUUUACUAACCCUGCUGGUCUGCUUACUAUGGAAGUGUGGUUUCUUCCAACGAGCCCACGUCAAGGACAAACUGCCUCAGUACCACGCAGUGAAGAUCCCUCGCCAGGAGCGCCCCCAGUUCCAGACAGAAAAAUCAGGCGUUCAUAAAAAGGAAUGGGCCACACACUGGAGCGACGGGACUUCAUAAAAAAAAAAAAAAAAAAAAAACUCCCUUAACCCAAUCAACCACAACCCCACUCUUCCUUCUGAGCGAGUUACUCAUUUGGAGCUCAAACAAUGUGAGAAGCGUUGACGCGUGCACGUUGCCGAAGACUGGAUCUUGAGCACGUAAGAGACACAGAGCGACUGCACAGCUAUCGUGGAGUGUUCGAUUAUAUAGCCAAUGUAAUGCAUAUUGGACGUUGGUGAUGUAGCCUGUGAGAAGGACUGCUAUUUUUUUAAACUGCUGUAGCACUGACAAGUCACAUUAGCGGUAGUGUCUGCGAGACAGACCUGUAAUGGCCGAAAGUCAAAUCCUCAGAAAUGUGCUGGUUGUUUUGAUAUUUCGUGGGGGACCCUGGCGUGUUUGUGGAAGGUUCAGUUGCACUCCUGCAGCUAUAAAUUCAUUUCAAGCCACAUUAGAGCUAGGGUUUCCUUAGGAGGGCUGUUAUGACUUUGAAAAUUAUACAAACUUCCUCUAAGGUCACCUUUUUGUUAUAAUGGAACAUACUGGUAAUCAAAUAUACGCAUGAUUCUAUUUUUCAAUUUGUGAUCAGAAGGGAUUUCUCAGCAAAAAAAAGCACUUAAUACUUAAUAAUCAGUGCAAAGUGAAGAGAAAUCUAAUUGACUGGCAUCUAGUCCAGUCCGCUGGAUAGACUCCAGUUAUCUGACACUCUAUUAAGAAUAGGUGCUCCAGAAAAUGUUCGGAUUGGAGAGUUAAUCAUUAGAAUAUUAAAAAAUUCUCAAUAUAUUUGUCCUGUUUGAUUGACAAAGAAGAGUUUUACUUCAGAAAUCAGAAUUCCGAUACAACUCAGAAAUCAGUCACAGCAGCAUUUUGCCCCAAUGUAAAUGGACUGUACAGGGGUCCUCAGUUCAUGACUGCUCAGACACAGUUUCAUGUACUCAAACUAGUUUGUAAGAAGCUAUUCUCACUGCUUUUCAUUUGAAUUAUAUUUACAAAUUGUGUUUUUCCAUGCAGGUACUCACAUGCACUAAUGAGUCGGUAGCCCUCUGUCAAUGACGGAAAAAUCCAGUGGUCACAGAAACACAAAAAGUAUUAUGACGAGUUCAUUUUGAGAAAAAACAAUCAAUGCCAUUUUGAAUUUUGAAAAAAAAAAAACAUACCUGAUGCUUGCAAUUUACUCUUUGCAUGAGGCUGUUUGAAGUGCAUAAACCUAUUUUUGUGCUAUGCUCGAUGUAUCUUACGACGGAGUGUUAGGGCCAAAGAAAGUUGGGAUGGGGGGGUGACAACGAGAACAUAGUCACACUAUUAUGAGAUCAUUGUUGAAAUACACAAAAAUAAAGUCAUAUGUUGUAAUACUAUGAGAAAAAAGUCAUAAUAUUAUGUGAAUAAAGUCAGAGUUGCGUGGACAUUGGAGACAGUGCCUCUGGAUUGGCAGACCGGGGUGCUGGUCCCUCUUUUUAAGGAGGGGCAUCGGAGGGUGUGUUCCAAUUAUAGAAGGAUCACCCUCCUUAGCCUCCUCAGUAAAGUCUAUUCAGUGGUGCUGGAGAGGAGGGUCUGUCGGGAAGUCGAACCUCGGAUUCAGGAGGAGCAGUGCGCUUUUCGUCCCGGCCGUGGAACAGUGGAACAGUUAUACACCCACGGCAGGGUCCUCGAGGGUGCAUGGGAGUUCGCCCAACCACUCCCACUAUACAUGUGUUUUGAUCCGGAGAAGGCGUUCGACCAUGUGCCUCGGGGGGUACUGCGGGGGGUGCUCCGGGAUUACGGGGUACCGAGCCCCUUGGUAAAGUCUAAUCGGUCACUGUACGACUGGUGUCAGAGUUUGGCACAUUGCCGGCAGUAAGCCAAAUUUGUUUCCAGUGAGGUUUGGACUUCGCCAAGGCUGCCCUUUAUCACCGAUUCUGUUCAUAACUAUAAUGGACAGAAUUUCUAGGUACAGCCGAAGUGUUGAGGGGGUCCGGUUUGGUGACCUCAACAUUGCAUCUCUGCUUUUUGCAGAUGAUGUGGUGCUGUUGGCUUCCUCAAGCCGUGACCUCCAACUCUCACUGAAGCGGUUCGCAGUCGUGGGUGAAGCAGUUGGGAUGAAGAUCAGCACCUACAAAUCCGAGACCAUGGUCCUCAGUCGGAAAAGGGUGGAGUGUCCUCUCCGGGUCGGAAACGAGAUCCUGCCCCAAGUGGAGGAGUUCAAGUAUCUUGGGGUCUUGUUCACGAGUGAGGGCAGGAGUGAGCAGGAGAUCGACAGGCGGAUCGGUGCAGCGUCUGCAGUAAUGCGGACUCUGCACCGGUCCGUAGUGUUGAAGAGGGAGCUGAGCCGAAAGGUGAAUCUCUCAAUUUACUAGUCGAUCUACGUUCCUACCCUCACCUAUGGUCACGAGCUGUGGGUCGUGACCGAAAGAAAAGGAUCCUGAAUACAAGCGGCCGAAAUGAGAUUCUUUCGCAGGGUGUCUGGGCUCUCCCAUAGAGAUCGGGUGAGCUUGGUCAUCCGGGAAUGACUCAGCAUUGAGCCGCUACUCCUCCGCGUUGAGAGGAGCAAGCUGAGGUGGCUCGGCCAUCUGGUUCAGAUGCCUCCUGGACGCCUCCCUCAAGAGGUGUUCCGGGCAUGUCCCACCGGCAGGAGGCCCCGGGAAUGACCCAGGACACGCUGGAGAGACUAUUUCUCUCGGCUGGCCUGGGAACGCCUUGGGAUCCCGCCAGAGGAGCUGGUUGAAGUGGUUGGGGAGUGGGCAGUCUGGGCUUCCCUGUUAAAGCUGCUGCCCCCGUGACCCGACCCUGGAACAAACGGAAGAUGAUGGAUGGAUGGAUGGAUGGAUGGAUGGAUGGAUAAAGUUAUACUUUUGUAAUAUCACGAGACAAAAGUGAUAGUAUUGUUAUAUUGCAAAUGUUUUUCUCGUAAUCUUACAACUUCAAUGUCAAAAUAUUACGAGAAUAAAGUCAUAUGUUGUUAUGCUACGAGAAAAAAGUCAUGGUAUGAUGAGAUUAAAGUAAUACGUUGUAUUAUUACAAGACAAAAGGCAUAAUUUAAUAAUAUCACUUUCUUUUCGUAAUUUUCCGACAAUCUCACAUAACACAUGACUAUAUUCUUGUAGCUAAUGUUACGAUUUUUUUCUUGUAACAUUGCUACUUUUUUUCUCGUAACAUUACAACGUAUGACAUUAUGAUGUACAAUUAUGACCUUUUGGCCCUAAUAAGACCGUCGUAUUAUAGUUUGUGGUAGAAGCCAACGGACGCCCAAGGUGUUUCUAGUCAAAAGCCGUUAACUCCUCUCAGCCAAUCAGCGCAGCACAUUCUCACUCACAGUGCUACCUCGACAUAAGAUCGCAUCGACAUACGAUCCUUUCAACAUCCGACAAAAAAUUUGACUCGUGUUUUGUCUCGACAUAUGACGACAUGCUCGAAAUGGCAUGGAAUUGAAACGCAGGAACCGGUUCUAUUUAGGAACUGGUUCUCGAUUCCCCUCGAUUCUUUUCGCCGAGGGAGUUAGUUGGAUCAUCUUCAAAAUUUGUGAGACUGUUCAGGAGACAUGUGAGAUCUAAAAUUUUCAAAAUGGUGCGUUUUCAUUCAUGGGUCUGACCUGGGCGUGGUGCCAAAGUCGGCCAUUUUUUCGGCAAAAUUACAAAUUCAGUAAAAGACUAAUAGCUCCUUGACACAACGUUCAAUCUUUUUCAUAUCUGGCAUGUAUGUGCGGAAUCCCACCCUUAACAUGAGUGCGUUGAAACAUGACCCAUUAGGCCUAGCGACCUCUAGUGGGAACAGGAAAUUCCUUUUUUUUACUAAACAGGCUCCUCCUCCAAGGAAAAAAAUAUAUUCACCUGAAACCUGCAUCAGGGGAGCCAUAAGACAUGUGUUCAGGUGCCUGAUGAAAAAUACUGAGGUUUGGUUGAAGCAGAAGAGUCCAACAGGAGAGGUGAAAAUGACUGAAGCCAUUUCAUCUCACCACAAGUUUUGAACAGUCAUAACUUCUACAACAUAUCUGUGCCAAACAUCUCGUGCUUGUUGAGUCAUACUCUGAAGGGUCCUGUAGGGGUCAUUUGCAUCAACCCUACAGCGUCAACUAGUGGCAAUAGAAAGUCACUCAUUUUUCUAAUAUAUGUCCAGUUCUUUUCAGGUUGGUCAUUGUAGUUUCAAGACCUUUUGAAAUACUUAUUUUACGGCCCAUGUACACAUGUCUCUGUCUGUUACCGUGACGACCCUUUAUUCGCUCCUUUUUUGUAGUACUCUCUCCAAUAGAGGUUUUUAUCUCUUAGGUGUGUGAAUGUAAAGAGGCGACUUUUGAGCAUGUUAGGUUCUAAUGAGACGAUUAGAGAGGAGGAUCUGCCACCACCCUGACCUGCACACUGUCCGAGUUGCGCUAGAUUUCGAGGGCCCGUUCAGUCCUGCUUGCAGGCCUAGUUUGUAUUUAUAAUUCAUUUAUUUUGUUAUGUGUUAAAGGUUUAGCCUAGGUUUUGGGGCUGUGGAAUGAAUUGAUCGAAUUAUAAUGUAUUCUUAUGGGAAAAUCCCGCUUAAUAUACGACCAUUUCGACUUACAAAAUUGGUCUUGGAAAGAAUUGAAUUCGUACGUAGAGGUACUGCUGUACAAGCAUUUUUUUGAAUGAAAAUCAGGCUUUGCUUUUUAAUUUCGGUUUAGCAUAAUUAUUUCAAGAAUUAAUAUCAUGAAAAUGCCUGACAGAAAUAUUUGUAUUUUUGUUGCCAAAUCCUUUGAGGUACUGUAUUCACUGCAAUCAAACGACUUUUGCAACUUUCAAUCAGACCUCUGCACCUCUCAGUAGGUACUUUUGGUUAAUUGUUUCAUGGCAAACAGCUCCACUUGUCUCGAGUUUGAAGGGUGCAUACUCCAUAUGCCAUGUUUCAGCAACUUCACCAGAUGUUCAAUUAAGCUGUAGACCAGGAUUAAUAAAAGGCCCUUUUCAGCACAGUCCACUGUUUUGCUCUUAGUCAUUCUUUGAUUUUUUUUUUUUUUUUUAUAGCCUAUUUUUGGGUUAUUAUCCUCUGCAUGAUUCACAACAGGUGACAGAAGCCUAUUCUCUGACACGUCACACACAGACAUUUCUUGAGAUAUCGCUGUUCUCUGAAGGAAUUCAAGACACCUGAAGCAAAAUACAGUAAAGGUGCCCUAGAACAUUUUACUUUCAUGUUUGUAGCAGUGAUGUUGUUCUUUUCUUGGUAUACUUCAUUUUUGUGUUGACAUAGAGGUUGUGUACUUUCAGAGUUGUUUAUCGUACUAUAAAAAAGUAAUUAGUUAGUUACAAAUGACUUAUCCCAAAAAGUAAUUGAGUUAGUAACUCACCUCAUUGUAUGAGUAAUUAGUUUCGCAGCAAAGUAACGGAUAUUACUUUUUAUGUUCUACACAUUACAUUAUACAUUCUAUAACAUAUUUCAUAACGAAGAUGUUGAUAUUACGUAACUGAUUGAAGAAUAAGAAAACGACUGUAUAUGUAUAUGUAUGCAUGUAUUUUAGAACAUUUGGUAUUCAUUUGGAUUAAAUAUAUUAGUCUGUUAAGAAAACACAAAUGUAAAUUUCUGACCACUAACCACUGCAAAUCUCUGAAACUAUGUUAGGCCUUACUGAACAUUAAGCAGAACACUAUCCUUAAAUAUUCUGUAAUGUAACGAUAUUAAAUAUUGAAAACAAUUAAAGUUUGCGAACACUACCUUUGAAAUUCCAUUCCCUCGCCUGUCACCGUUAUCGCUGUCUUGUGUUUGCCAGAGCGUGCCUUGCAGUGAGACAGCGUGAGGUGGAAGGCAUGAGGUGCCGCCCACCUAGCCAAUCAUGAUCGCGUUUGCAACGGCGUCACCCCCCUCCCCCCUCCCACUCUGCUCUCUCCGUGUCUUUCAGACAACUCAUGCUUCAUUCAACCAAAUUGUAGUAACCUGCCCCUUGACCUCCUCAGUAAUGGUAACAGCAUUGCAAAGUAGCAAAAGUAAAAGUAUUUUCAUUACUCACUACUGAAAAAAAAAAUAACAUACCAAUACAUAUACAUAGAAAUAACUGCUAGAAACGCUGUUUUACUGUAACGCCGUUAUUAACAACGCUCUGUGCCUUUGCCAAAAAAGUUCCACUAUUUUCUCCCAUAAGUUUAAUGGCUUGUUGCGUGUCAGUCAAAUUUUAGUAUCUAAUUUACAAGUUCGAAGACCUCCCAAAUAACACAAGUUUGCUGUCCACAUCCCCAUUUUCAAAUUACUUUUCUUGUAGUACCAUCAUUCUUGUUGAGGCCUGUUCCAUGAGUUUAUGUUGAACUAAAAUUCAAAAGCAAUGUCUGUCUCUAUAUUUCUGUGACCAACGUUUUUUUUUUAUUAUGACUGAAGCACACAUAACCUUGUGAAAAUGUAUGUGUUUAAUGUAAUUAGGAGUUUGCCACUACACAUGGUUGGCGAUAGAAUAAAUCCUGUGUCAUUUUACUGUUAUAGAAACAAACGGACUGCCAUGCUCUGUCAUUAACAGAGGACUCCCUUUGGAGAUAAAAUCCAUCCAUCCAUUAUC